CACGGACGUCUUUAGUUGUGGAACACACUGAAGAUGACAGCUGAGAGAGAACACACGCCACUGAAAGUCAACCCUCAAGUUAUGGCAGAAGAGGUUGAUGAAUCGAACAUGCAGUUAUUAAAAGGUGCUGCCUUCCUAACCACUGUGGCAACAGCUGGUAUGUUUGCGGGUUUUGGCUCCAGCCUGGCACUAGCAAAGAAGAAGAGUCCUAAGUGGUUCGGCAAGGGGUUGGUGGGUUCAGCGGCGGUGCCUGAAAGUGGGGCGUCCCUGGCUCUGCGGGCUCUGGGAUGGGGCUCUCUCUACGCCUGGUGUGGCGUAGGCUUGCUGAGUUUUGCUGUCUGGAAAGUCAUGGGCGUCCGCAGUUUGUCAGAGUUUAGACAGAAGAUGCAGUCCUCCGUACCAGCCAUCCCAAAAAACGAAGAAGCCAACGCAGAGCCUGUGGAUUGGGACACAGUCUUCGGUACCAAAUCAUAGGGUUCACGCCUGCCCUGAACCUUAGCUACGGCGACAUAAGAAAACUGAUUUAACAGGACUUGACACAGACACGCUCUCUCAUGAAUUGACCUGAUUGAGGUCAAAUUAAGUCAGACAACAUGGUGACCCAGUUUUUCUUGAAAGACACUGUGCCCUUUGGAGAUCCCUCCACACGCAAAGCGAGACUUUCAAAGCCUCUGGUAGGUGGUGACUUCAGAGGGACUGGACCGAAGGGUCAUUAUUUGUGCUGAGGAAGGGAAGCAGCGAAAGAUGUCGCCAGUACGCCACAGUGUGGCGCAUCAUUUCUUCCCGCUGUAGGUUGAUUUCAAAAGGAAUGUGAGGUCACAAGGUCAUGGUCACCACAAGGCUGUGGAUUUCUUUGCCUUGUGUUUGUGUUAUUUAAGGAGUUGUGAGCUCUUUCUUGCUCCUGUUUUUUUACCUUGGACAUCAACUUGCCAAAUUGGGUCAUACAGAGCUGAUUUUUGUUCAGAACAUACAGUGCUAAAGUGGCAGAAGAUGGCUUUGAGUAUUUGUGUGUAUGUAUGUGUUUAUUAUGGCAUGAACGGAGUAAACAUUUACCGUACUAAAUCCAGUCGUCUGGCUCCUUUAAUCAGAAUUCUAGUGCUGUUUAAAUAAGCACAUGAUUUGGCUAAUUGUCCUUUACGACCUGGAAUUAGAGAGAGUCAGAUGCUCCCCACCGGCAGCUUGCCAUUCUGGGGCCAGACGUUCGAAGAGGGCCGAAAAACAAACUCUUGAAAUGGUUGCGCAAGGCACGAAAAUACUGGGUUUUUUUUCUUUUUUUCGCGUCAUGUCUGAAUGGUGCUUGUGACUUCUAAACGCACAGGAAAAACAUCAGCAGCACACGUAAUCGGGUUAAAUGAAUUUGUCACGCAAACGCUUGGUACCGCGGCACGAGGAGUGAGACUCGACUUGGGUUGGUGGGGUGGGCCAGAGGGUGGAGAUGAGCACUUUAGAUGUGUGGGUCUGACACCAUAACGGAGGUGUUAGGAGAGUUUUCCAAGCCAGACAAACGCGCCGUCCACUUCACCCCCACAGAUACUAGGAAUUUGGGUGAGUGUUGUGUGUGAAUGUAAACAGAACCGUGAACUCUCCUUUUCAGUCAGCCAAAGGGUAGAGGGUUUUUUUCUUUUCUCUAUGCUACAUUGAUGUAGUGUAGGACUAGGCCAGAUAAAUCCGUGAUGGUUAGCACUGUUCAUUUUGUGUAUUUAUGUGGAAUAAAUUCUGUAUCUAAAAA